AUGGAUCAGGUGCAGCAAUCAUCGUCGAAAAUGAUGUCGAUGCACCAUUUCGCCUCGAUGAUACAGAAGUUGGCUUCCGAAAUAGAACCCGGCAAAGAUUGGCAGCCUGAUGCAAUGGAUACAAUUGCUCAUCAGCUUUCUGCGGCAGCAUCCACGGUCAAAACGUUGCGCAACGCCAGUGUGCCACUCCAUCGUUUACCACCCGAGCUCCUCCGUGCCAUAUUCCUCGCUGUCCUGACGGACAGCCCGCCGGGGCUUGCGAUCGACAAAUUCGAAGGCUGUCACUACCGUGUCGAGCCGAAACCUCCAAUUCAUACUCUGCAGUCACUCCAGUUGGUCUGCAGCCUCUGGAGGAACAUCGUCAGACCGUUUCCGAGGUUAUGGUCGAGGAUCUUUGCAGACGAGAAUACUUCAUACCAGGAAAUCGACGCGUUCACCGAACGAUCCGGAAACACUCCUCUUGAUGUUACAUUUCUCAACGCGGAUCAGCUGGGCGACAUCUUAUGCCAACAUAUGGACCGAGUUCAAUUCCUCGAUAUUGCGUCGGAUUUCGACUCCGGACUUGGCGUCCAAGAUGCGUCUUACACAGACUUCAUGGAUCAGCAAGCUCCUAUUCUCGAGCGCUUCCGUCUGAUGUUGGCCGACGACAUUGAUACCUAUAUUCCGUUGUCAUUUUUCAGUGGGUUCGCACCGCACCUCACGCACCUCUCGCUGCGCCGAGCUCACCCGUGGCGUACGCCUGGGCUUCCCGAGUUGGCCCACUUGUAUGUAGCAGGCGCACCUGAGGAUAGUGACUCCACGUCGUCAGAGGCCUUCUUGAACUUCCUCGACAGGUCACCGAAGCUGGAAGAGAUCAUCCUCGUCGACGCCGGACCAGAGUCGCACAUCGUCGACUUUCCAGGGCCGAGUACACGGCGCGCACACCUCCCUCGUCUGCAUACUGUCGUCAUACGACGUUGCCACUUGCGGACACUCGCAUGUGUGUUGCACCAUGUUGUUCCCGCGAGUGGCGUGGCCAUUGAAAUGAAAAGUGUACACGAGACACAGGCCAGCAUCUACAUCGAAGCCAUUCUUAAAGACUGCGCAUUUGCAGCGCAUGCUCGUUCCCCGACGGAUUUCUCUAUCUGGAUCCAACAGAGCGGUCGGUUCACGUUCUCGUGUCGUAGUGACACAGGCUCUCUGACUUUCAACAUAAUGUUGCCGCCCUCCUGGGCCCUAGAAGAUAUCGUAGGCGCAUUGACAUCAUCAUUACCUCAUUUUCUUCAACUGGAAGCUGUGUUGCGGCUCUAUGUGGACAUCGGCCACUUCUCUUGGACGUCACACACUGCGCGACCUGUGCGCAAAAUCCUUCACGCCAUGCGAAACGUUCAAUAUUGCACCUUCCGUGUCCACGACAAGAAGUCUCUGAACCACGGCCCUUCCUUCCUAUACCGGACGCCGGAGAGCCCUGCGCCGGGACAAUUACCGUCUAUCAAAUCCUUGAACUUUGUUUGUAACAAAGAUGUCCCUCUAGAGUGGGAGCGAAUUCAACAAAUCGCUAUGAGCCGGGAUCUCCACGGUUGCUGGCUGCGCGAGCUGAUCUGUGCGGAAGUCUAUGGCGGGAAUCAGGACUCCGACAUGCGACCCGUCUCCCGAGAUUUUGGCAAGCACGACCUCUCGGACAUCGAUGCUUCUCGUUUCCAGCCUCCGGACUUCGUGCAUUUUUCGUAUGUAGAGGAGCACACAUACGAUGUUCCGGACGUACGAGGAUGGAAUGGUCAAAUAUGGAGAAAUCUGUGA